AUGUAGGCCGCUACGGUCAGGAGGGGAAGUCUAUAUAAACCCUGACAAUUGUUAUUUCAAGGUUAGCACAAACUGGAUCCUUGUAUCUUGGUUUUACAAUUGAAAGGGAUUAUAUUCGCAUAGGAACACAAGUCAAUAAUCAUGUCUCACAGCUGGGGAUAUGGACCAUCUGAUGGACCUGACAAGUGGUGUGAUGGCUUUCCUGUUGCUAAUGGACCCAGGCAGUCUCCUAUUGAUAUCAUUCCUGGUCAAACCUCCUACGAUUCUACCUUGAAGCCCCUCAAACUGAACUAUAACCCAUCCAACUCCACAGACAUUCUGAACAAUGGCCAUUCCUUCCAAGUUGGCUUUGUGGAUGAUGUUGACAGUUCAACACUGACCGGAGGCCCCAUCACCGGCAUAUACAGGCUGAAGCAGUUCCACUUCCACUGGGGCGCCAGUGACGACAGGGGCUCUGAGCACACCGUCAAUGGAAUCAAGUUCCCCUGUGAGCUCCAUCUGGUGCACUGGAACACCAAGUACCCUAGCUUUGGCGAGGCCGCUAGUGAACCCGAUGGACUCGCUGUGGUUGGAGUGUUUCUGAAGAUUGGUGCUGCAAACCCCAGACUGCAGAAGGUUCUCGAUGCUCUGGGGGCCAUCAAAUCAAAGGGAAAGCAAACUACAUUUUCCAACUUUGAUGCCAAAACUCUGUUGCCUUGCUCACUGGACUACUGGACAUAUGAUGGCUCCCUGACCACUCCCCCUCUGCUGGAGAGUGUCACCUGGAUCGUCCUGAAGGAACCAAUCAGUGUCAGCCCUACCCAGAUGGGUAAAUUCCGCAGCUUAAUGUUCAGUGGUGAUGGAGAGGCACCUUGCUGCAUGCAGGACAACUACCGGCCCCCUCAGCCUCUCAAGGGACGCAAGGUCCGCCGGUCCUUCAAGUAAACAGCUAUGCAUCACGCCAUCCCCCAUCCCACAAUUGCCGAUCCCCAACCUUUCCCCUAGAUUAUAUAUAUAUUGUGUGCCAUUUUAUAUGCAUUGCUAUCAGAAUCUGCAGAUUGUUAACCCUAUAGACAAUACAAUCAGUAAUCAGAAAACAGAAAGGAAACCUAAACCUAAACCAAUGCAGUUUAAUAACAAGAGCCAGUGUAGAUGAGAUUAUUGCGCCGAUAUGGAUGGACAGCACUUUAUACGCCUGGCCUGCCUGCCCCUCCUGUAAUCCCUGACGAUAAACCUCAGGAUCACCCCAGAUUAACGUCAUUUAGCUGCCUGUCACUGCAAUAACAGACGACUGACUCAGUCAGUCAGCCAGUCAGAGAUAGAGGCCUUUUAUAGUAUAAUACUACUGGGCUUCUACUCUCAAUACGCACAAGGAGAGAUGGAAUCUUGAAUUUACAUGCCUUCCAUUUUUGGAUUGUGUCUCUAAAUCGUCAUCAGUGUUUUUACUUUAGAUUACAGGUCAAUACUGAAAAGAAGAGAUCCAAUUCAAGUGAUUAUUUUUUUAAAGACUCAUAACUUACUACCUACCCCAGUGCAUUAACAUUGUGUCUUAAAAUCAUGAGAGUGAAAGAAGAUGUUGUGUGAGAUGUCAUAUCAUCCAAGUCCAUCCAUUGAAAGAAAUCAUUGACUGAAGGACUAGAGUAAUGUGUGUUUUAUUUUUUUUUAAAUAAAUGUUAUCUUGAAAAAUUAAAUCUUGAAGUAUGUUUUAAAUGUUUUUGGAAAUACCUGGAAUGAUUUUUAAGCCUUGCGUAUAAUUAUUGUAAAAAUGGGAAUGUAAGGUUUGUGUGAUUCGUUCAUGUCAAAUUUGAUGGAUGGGAAUUUGAGCAGUGAAAUAAAUGGCAUACCUGUACCUA